ACUUUGACUCCUCACGUGAUCAUUUUCCACAGCUGCACUGCUGCUGCGCUUGAGGGAUGUAAUCAAUCAACCUCAGCAAAUCUCAGGGUUAGAAGUUCACAACCCUUUGUAGCUUAAUUGAUUAUUAUCACCAGAUUAUUGGUUUUGACGGCGGUACGAGUCGCUAUGGAUGAAGACUGUGAUGUAGCUGAAGACUUUGACUGUCCAAGCCUUCUGUGUGAAGAAGUGCAGGGUUUGGAAACAAUGGAUACCCAAAAGAAAACAACCAGUAGGACGAUUGAAGAAGAUGAGAGGGUGUUUAAUCAGAGAGAGGAUGAGAAGGCACGAGAGGAAAUGGUGUGCAAACAGAGGAAUAAGGGGAAGGAGGAAAGAAAAAAUACAGCUGUAUUAGAGAAGGAGGCCAUAGAGGGAGAGGAGGAGCAGGAGAAUGGCGAGGGUAGGCUGGAAGCGGAGUUGGCACAAGAUGUCCAGAUGGAGAGCAAAGAGAUUGAGGGCACCAAGGAAAUGAUUGCUGAUAAGCAAGUGAUUAGCAAAACAAAAAGUUCAGUAGAGAAAGAUGAGCAAAAGAAGGGCAAAAAAAAGGGGCGCGGUAAAAAGAAAUGUGAGCAGGUCAGAAAUAGGAGAGGAGUAAAGGAUGCCAGUGAGAGGUUAGAUGAGGAACAGAAAAGUCAGAUUCAGGAGGUGCCAAUGAUGAGCUUAGAUGAAGAUUUGGCUUUGUCUGAGCCCUCUGUUGGCUUGAUAAACAGUAGUGAUUUAUCUGACCCAGUCUACCUGGAAUUUGGGGAGACAGGGCUUUAUUGUCCUCCAGCCCCCAUUCCCCUGCUGUGCUCCUCACAGCCUUCAGUGCCAGUCCCACCUGCACCUCCUCAACCACAUGGGACGAAACGACCCCACAGCUCCCCUCUUCCCCCCAGUCUCUCCCAGCAGGCCUUACAGCCUCUCGAGAUGGAGAUAGCUGAAGUCUACUCAACUCGACGCUCCAUCCGCUACAGCACCAGGGGUCGAGGCCAGGCCCUCAACUUCUCUCUGCUGCCAGAGUUAGAGACUGUGGACAGCUGCCUACCACCACCUGCACCAAAAAAGAAAACACGAACCCUCUAUACUACAGACCAGUUAGAGCAUUUAGAGAGCCUGUUCCAGGAGGAUCAUUAUCCUGAUGCAGAGAAGAGGAAAGUCAUUGCUGCAUCCGUCGGCGUCACUCCUCAGAGAAUUAUGGUCUGGUUUCAGAACCGCAGGGCUAAGUGGAGGAAAGUACGCUCCAUCACUGCAAAAGUAGAACCUGCACAGAGUAGAGCUGAAUACAGUAGCAGCAGUCCUAAUCACAAAAUCAAUCUCACCCUGCCCACACUCACAUCCAACAGAAAAAGUGCUCAUUCUUUUUCUGGCCACUUUGCUGCCACCAUACCUCAGAUCACCACUGUUGCCUCUUUUCCUACACUGCCCAUUCAGACCCCACCUAUCUACAACAACCUGCUGGCCAGUCUCAACAGUCCAGGUCAGUGCAGAGGGAGAGAGAUGGGCCAACGCCGGCUUUCAGCUCAGGGUAGUUUACCAGAGUAUCACCCCCGUCCCAUGCACAGCCCUCCCCCUCUGCGACGAGCCAGCCUCCCUCUUUUCACAACAGCCUACAACCCUGUCAGCCCCACUCCAUCCCUCCUCAACACUCUAGCCCACACUCCACCUCUCUUCCUUGAUGCUCUGGAGGGUGGAUCCUCUUUUGCCCAUUGUGACACCCAGUCUCUCCAGACUGACACCAGUUCACUCUUUGACAUUGCGGAGAAUUGUCAGGCACCCACUCAGCAGAACAACAAUCUCUCUUACCACCUCCAGAACUCUUUCCUCACCAGUCUGCACCAGCCUCCAGCAUCAUUACCCCAUGUAGCUUACCUCACUCCAUCCCCCUACCUCACCCCCAACCCUCCUGAUUCCAACCCUGCCUCCUACCUGACCUUCGGCCCUGGAGGAAACUCUACUGGGGUAGUGACUUACUCCACUGGGGGGCACGCCUACUUCCAGUCUCAGAAUGCUGGACAAAUUCUGCUCCAGUCAACUCGGCGUGGAGGACUUUCUGUUUCGUGUGAUGGUGCAGCUGCUGGUUCUACAAACUGCUGUGAUGGUGCAGAGACAGGGUCCUCAGGUGGGCUCACAUCAUAUCCAUCGUACCCAUGGAAUAACGGUCAGCCAGCCAUGCACCAGCGUGCUCCAUGCCCUCCCACAUACCCGUCCAACGUGGGUUCUGUUCCAGACCACCAGACACCCUCUGCUGCCAGCCUGUCCCUAAAUUCAUUCUUCCCAGGCGGGGACCAUGGGCCAUCACAACCGAACUUCCAGCAUGCAUCACACACCCAGACACACACCACCACUAUCACUGCCGUCCUCCCACCUGUGUCAGCUCUGCGGCCUGCUUACCUCGCAGCAGAAAGUACCCCAACCAAGGUGUCGUCACUUCUGCAUUCUCAGGUCAGCUCUGCUUCUCCAGAAAGUCCUUCAGUGCCCCCUUCUGUAAAAACUGAGUAUGACAGCCCUCACGAGCUUCACAGCCACUUCCACUGUGACUUCUCUCCCAUACAUUUUUGACUUCAUGUUUGAGUUACAGGAGUUGUGUGUGUGUGUGUGUAUAUAUGUUUGCAUGUUUGGACUGCUUGUAAAUAAAAUGACAGAAUUUCUCUAUAUUUUCUAUUUGUAUUAUAAUACUCUUAAGUGGAAAAGUUAACAUUAUCAUGCUGCUUUAAGCUCGGCUGCAAUAAAUGCUCAUUGUUCUGCUGACCUUU